AUGGAGAUGCACAUCCGACGCCCAGCACAGACCCAGGCUCUCGCGAUUCCCGAGAUCGCACAACAAAUCCGCAAAUCACGCUCACUACAAAAAGCCCUAUUCUUCAUCCCGGCCAGCGAAAACAGCAGGAAAGUCACACGAGUCUACAACCCUAUGCUAGCACCAGCAUUCCACUCAGCGUUCCCAUCAGAAGACCUGCGAGAUGCCGGUCACGCAAGCGACAAAAUAGAGGGUGUCAGACUCAGUGAUUUCGAUCUCACGAAAAGCCCGGCUAAGAGAGAGAUGUAUCUCCGGCCCGAAGCGAGCUGGCGGCGUAUGCUGACGCAACAACCGCCAGUCUUCACGGUCGGGCUGUUUAGUAUGGUGAGAGGGCCAAUGGGUCUUUCUUGGUACCAAGAGAGGGCAACACGGCAAGAUGAGGGACUUCGUAUGGGGGCUUUGUUUGACUGGUUCAUUCAUUUGGGACGCGAUCAGUGGAAUUCUGGGUCAAUUGCAAUUUGCCUGGGUGGAGCUGAACCUGUCAAUACGCCGCUUGAUAUCAAGCGUUCGUGUACGUCUCUCUUUACGGAUGGGAUUAAUGAGGAUUGGAGGGCUACGACUGCAAGCUUCGAUCUCGUGCUUAUGACGAGGUCUGGGAGCACGUAUAUGGAACCUAAGGGGCCGGACGAUCCUGAUUGGGUGAAGGGUAGAGAUGAGAUUGUUUGGGAGGAGAUUUGUGAGACUUCUUGCGAGUUGGGAUUGACUGUGGCGGAGUUGAAGAUGGAGGCUUAUAAUGAGGGAUUCGCGGGAUUCCACCUAGCAUUCCAUUCUUCUUAUUUAACCUCAAAAUGGCAAGCAUCCAGCGCUAGAGUCAACGAUGAAUGCGUCGCAACAUUCGAAAAGCUAAAGCUCGACAGGGAGUUCUCAUAUAUCACGUACGCUCUUAGCGAGGACCAUUCCGAGAUUAUUGUGGAUAAAACCUCGGAUAACCGAAACUACGAGGCUUUGGUCAACGAUUUACCUUCGACAGAAUGCCGAUGGGUAGUUGACUUCUUUCAAUAUGAGAUAGACGGUCGUAAAGGGACUCAACUGAUACUUAUCUGUUGGUAA